GAGUGAGAUUGCACGAGCCACAACUAUCACAUACACACAUCUCAUCCUAAACAUUCCCACUGGAUAUUUCCCACUGGUUUCUGCUGCCGGAUGACCACCUGAUCUCUGACAUUUGAGAGCAAAACACCCCUGAUGGACGCAGUCACUCCACCAAACAUUCCAGAUGAUUUGAGUCGGCUCCAUUCCUCUUCCUCUGGGCAGAGAGGGGUCAUGACCUUACCCAUCGUACCAGCAUAUGACUCGGUCAGCAUCCUCACCAGCGGCCAGGCCAACGACAUGGACAGCAUCCAGACCUCCCACCCGGUAACCGAUGGUGACAGCAUCCAAACAGCCCAUCCUGCAUAUGACACCGACAGCAAUCAAACGGCAAACCUGGCGUAUGAGACGGACAGCAACCGGACCCUGAACCCGGCGUUUGACACAGACAGCACACACACACUCCACCCGGCGUACACUCUCGAAAGAAUGAACAUGGAGGGAGUGCCAGGUCCAACUGGAGGUGACGGUCCAACCACCAGCCUUUCACUGAACCCCUCGAUGGACCCACCCCCAUACAGCCCACCUGACCCGAAAACAGCAUACCUCAUGUACCCAUCUCCAAUGCCCCAUUAUGCCAACCAGCCUGUGAUCGCAUGCCAGCCGGGGGCAAAUCAACCUGCUUUCUAUCAGCCCACCUUCCUGCCACCCUCCACCUACCCAUCUUAUACUAUAUACAUGAACGGACCUCCACUGGGAGAAGAGCAACCGACGUUACCCAAAGAUUACCUGGUGGAGUCUCUUCUCGUCACCAUCUUCUGCUGUAUAAUGAGCGGUCUCGUCGCAGUCAUGUAUUCUUAUGAAACCCGUGCAGCGUUGGCGAGGGGUGAUAUCCGCGAAGCAGAGAAAACGUCCCAGAAGGCUCGUCUGCUAGUUAUUUUCAGUUUAAUGUUUGGCAUAUUUUUGUUUUUGGGGUGGAUUAUUUAUGUGGUAAUAGCACUCUGUGCAUAGAAAUACUGAUUACUAAAAUAUAAAACUAUUUAUUGUGUAAUUUCUGGGAAGAAAUGUGUUUCUACUGCAUGAGCAGGAACAGAAUGCAUUAAUAAAAGACUUUCAUGUUG